CCAGAGACGGAGGAUUAGACGCAUGGGAAGAGCAUCCUUAUCCACUGUCUCAAAACGGGUCCAUUACUCGAAGGUUGACUGACCGUUAUGAGCUGAAAAAUCAAGUAACCCAAAACUCAGAACAAACAUAAAACCCCAAUACAAACUUCCGACUUUGAGCAAAAACAUCGUGUACUGUCUCUCUAUCUAUAUUUUUCCGUGACAGAGAUUCUGGUUUUUGAACUAUCUGUGUGUGUCUGAAGCCCAAACCUGCGUAAAUGGCUGCUGAGAUAUUGGGAGGAGGAGGAGCUGAGACUGAGAAGAAGGUGAUGGUGGCAAUCGAUGAGAGCGAGUACAGUCACUAUGCUCUGAUUUGGUUACUCGACAAUCUCAAAGAAUCCAUAACCAAGUCGCCGCUUGUGAUCUUCAUGGCUCAACCUCCCACCAAAAGUAAUUACACCUACGCUGCAUCUCUUGGCUCUGCUCGCAUGUACUGCCCUGUUUCAGCCAAUCCGGACUUCGUUGCGUCUGUUCAAGAAAAUCAUAAGAAGCUAGCCCUGGCUUAUCUGGAGAAAGCUAAGGAUAUAUGUGCUAGUCGUGGGGUAAAUGCAAAGACACUUACUGAGGUGGGGGAUCCUAGUACUGCCAUAUGUGAUGCAGUUCAAAAGUUCAACAUCAAUUUACUUGUUUUAGGUGAGCGUGGCCUUGGAAAACUCAAAAGGACUCUUCUAGGGAGCGUGAGCAACUACUGUGUUCAGAAUGCAAAUUGCCCUGUCCUUGUUGUAAGGAAACCUUAGUACUUAGCAUACUCGAUACACUUUCAAACUGUGAGUUAUUUCAUGACAGAGUUUGUUUUAAAGUUGUUUGUUACGAUUUAUAAAGUAAGUUAACUUCCAAAUCAAAACAUUGCCUGAUGUGAGGAUAUUCACUCUAAUGUUCUGUAGUGAAUGAUGACUAUGAAAGGUGACCUAUCUGAAAUAA